ACCUGUAUACCCUAAGCUUUCGUUGUACACGGUAUACAAACAGCAUCAAAGCAUGCUGCUGUUCAAAUUCACAAAAUCUUGACAAACACUGCGAAGGAGGAACUAUCUGCCCAGCUUUAAGCCAUGGAGGUAGCCGGCAUUAACAACCAACAGGAGAAAACGGAAAACAGCGUGUCAGUGGAAAAUGCGGCGUCCACAAGUGCCGGCAUCACAAAAAGCUUGGCGCCGGAGCCCGAGUUUUACGGCAAGGCACAAAAAUACUGGUCGGAAGUUCCUGCGACGGUGAAUGGAAUGCUUGGAGGCCUGGGGUACAUCAGCGCCAUCGAUAUACAAGGUUCAAAUACCUUUCUGCGGGAGAUCAGAGUCCCUGGGAACAAGCUGGCCCUGGAUUGUGGCGCCGGAAUCGGAAGAGUCACAAAGAAUUUGCUGCUUCCGCGAUUCAGUCGUGUGGACAUCGUAGAGCAGGAUCCCGCAUUCGCCGAGAAGGCCAGAGAGUACUGCAGCUCUGAAGGAACAGGCGGAUCUGGGGAAUUGGAUGAGAUCUUCAAUGUGGGCUUGCAGAAGUUCGCGCCCACGAAGCAGUACGAUCUUAUCUGGAGCCAGUGGGUACUGGGCCACCUCACUGACCACGAUCUGGUGUCCUUCUUCCGGCGCCUGCGACAGGGAUUGGCGCCGGGCGCCUACUUCUGCAUGAAGGAGAAUGUGAGCAGCUCCAGGAAAACGGUAGAGGAUAAGCAGGAUUCCUCCGUAACACGGCCCCUAGAUCAAUAUGAACGUUUCCUUAAGGAAGCCGGUUUCCGUAUUGUGCGCAAGGUGAAGCAGCAAAGUUUCCCCAAAGGCCUCUUUCCGGUUUACAUGAUUGCCUGCAAGCCCGUUUCCAGGGAUUGAAAUAAUUAGUAGUUUAGAUGCGUACAGGAUGUACUCAAACAAUUGGACCAGGAAAUUAAAUGUCACAACACUAGCUAGUCACGAAAUUUGUAAUUUUUAGCAGUGAAUAAAUAGGCUUGAAAUGU